GCUCUUUGCCACAGGUUGGUUGGAAAGCAUGCCUGAGUGCUUUUAGUUGUACUAAUCAGGGAAAAAUACUGGACAAGACAUUUUGUGUGAAAAUGGAAAGCUGUCCAGAUUUCAAUGCAAGCACAACUCAUUACAAGCCAUGUCGUGCCACACCCGGACCAACAGGUCUUCCCUCAGGUUCCUCAGGUUCCACAGAAGCUGAACCAGGGAAAAAGCCUUCAACAGGUCUUCCCUCAGGUUCCUCAGGUUCCACAGGUCCUCACUCUGAACCAGGGAAAAAACCUUCAAUGGGUCCUCACUUUGAACCAGAGAAAAGACCUACAACAGAAGCUCCAGAGCCUGGAAGUUUGGAUGCUCAUAAGGGAGGAAAACACAAAGAUGAUUCAUCUUUGUCUACUGCAGCCAUCAUUGGCAUCUGUGCAGCUGGACUUAUAGCCACCCUUGUGCUGAUUGGUACAGUUGUUUACUGGAAGAAGUAUCACCACCGUUCACGCCUGCGUGCUGCUUACUACAAUGAUAUCUCCAUGCACGACCCUCUGUAUGAAGACUUUGGCCCUGAAGUUGCAUAAUAGAGAACAAGCAUUGCUUUGCCAUGUGAUAUUGACACAAUUAUUGUCAGCAUGGAUGUUUUAAUGCCAUCUACAAUCUUCAACAAAAUCUACGAGGCAACCUUCCUUUUUGACAUGAAAAACAGCCAUUCCAUAUAUUAUUUUCAUCUCCCCCCCCCCCUCCUUGUUAUAAAGUUGAUUCUUUUGUAGGCACAGUACUUAAUGUGCUUACAUCCUUAUAGUGAUCAGGGCUGGAGGGAUGGGGGCAGGAUUUGUUAAAAAAAAGUGAAUACAGUGGUUCAGUAGACUGUACUUUGUUUCAUAAAUGACACUUUGGGGCCAAUUUUUUUUGUGGAAGAUUGUAGGAGGCAUUGAAUGCUGCUUUUCUAUUUUCUUUAUCUUUUCCUUUUUAUUGUUGUUUAUUAAGGCAAAGGUUAUUUUCUGGGCCUUUUUGGAUAUGAUUGUUGAAUAUUGUGAAGUGUGUUUUUAUUUAUCUAUUUCUUAAUCUUUGUUUUUGGUCCUCUUUUUGCUAUCUAGUUAUCACACCAUCUGGCACACACAGGGUCUUGAAUUAUAGCCUACUAUGAUAAUUGUUUUUCAACAACAAAGUACAGAUUUUACUCCUUGAAAUGCUUUAGCCCUUUAACUGCCAUGAUCUGAUUGUCAAUUCUCCCCUCUAGCUGUUACACAUAUCCAUGUAAGUUAGUCACAGGAGUUUGGUGUUAGAUCAAGAUAACAAAUUAUACCAGAUAAGUCUAAGUAUUCUCAUUACAUGUUUGUUGGAGGCUGUAUGGAUUUUAUAGGGAGAAGUUACAAGUAAAUCACUAGUAGGAGUUAACAGGGUUAAGGCUUGACUUGCAAAGCAAGGCUGAGAAAAUCUGAAACUCAGCUGCCAGCUAAAGCUUUUUCUGAUAAAGCUGGCUAUAUAUAAAUAUAAAAUCUUGAAUUUGUUAAAUUUCACUAAAAUAUCAUAAGGGUAUGUAAUACUUUGUAUAGCAACUGCACAUUAUAUAGUUCAUAGUCUUAACGGAUUGUUAUAAGAUCUCCAUGGGAGGAAGGACUGACUUUCCAUUGUGUGCAGAAGCUUCUGAGGGUUGAUAGGUGGUUUGCACGUUACGUCAUCGCCGCCAUGUUGGUGGACGUAAACAGUGGAUAUCUCAUUAGCUUAUUUUGUUCGUCCGCCAGCAUUUGUUCCUUUCACCAUUGUUACCUGUGUCUCUAGAGAUUGGUCGCAAACCACCUAUAGGAUAGUUUUGAACAUUUCGGCUGCGCUCUGUUGGUGCAAAGGAGAGGUUUGCCUGAUUAGUGAUACUGGAUUUGGUCCUGCAAGUGAUCUUCGCACCUAUCCCAAACAUUAACCUUAACUUGUUAUCAGUUGACUGUUCCAGGGCCAGGGAGGGGGUGGGUGUGGAGUUGCUCAGCUACGGACUUUGAUCCGUCUCUGUUAUUUUGAACACUUCUUCCGCAAAGCUGCAAAGCAUAAUGGAUAGUUUGAUGGUAAAAGCAUUUAGAAUGAAAGAAGUUGUGCGACUUUCUUUGAUCUUAGAUAGUGACGGAAUAAUGUGAUGAAAUAGCGUAGCUCGAGGAGAUUAUUGGUAGAAGCUUAUCACGAGUGUCUAAGUAAUGCGUUUUCACUUUCUUUCUUUUAUGCAGUAGCUAUUUAUGGUACCUGUAGUAAACCGUAAAGGUAAAUUUGUACAUAACUUUCGUUUAAAAACGGGUCCAGAAGCUCACUUAAGCGACGAACGGGUGAAACCCAUCGAAUCCAUCCAUGUUUUUAAUGUUAAAUUUUUGGAAAUCAAUAAACGUAGCCAUGAUAAGAAUUA